GGACAUUUCUGGGAACCCAACUAAAACCAAAUAGUUUCCCUUCCUGCUUACUAACUCUCUAGAGUCUAGAUCUUGCUUAUAGUCUUCCAUGGCUUCUGGUAGAUUCCAUUCAAAUGUCCGUCGACACAUCGAUGCUACGUUUGAAAAUGAAUAUGGUUACCACACCAGUAAUCCCACAGGAUUACUGGAGAUUGAAACAGUUGCUAGAGGAGCUUCCAUCCUGGAGAUUGAAACAGUUGCUGGAGGAGCUUCAUUCCGAAACCAAAACCGAAACCAUGUAGUUCCAUUAUUAACUGUAAUUGAUGAGGGUGUUUCCUUGACAUGGCAAGAUUUGUGGGUGAGAGUAGAAGGAAGAAGCUGUAGAUCAAUCCUCCAAGGGCUAACUGGUUAUGCCAAACCAGGGCAACUCUUGGCUAUAAUGGGUCCUUCUGGUUGUGGCAAGUCUACUCUUCUUGAUGCUUUGGCAGGGAGACUCGGUUCAAACACAAGGCAAACAGGGGAGAUCCUAAUCAAUGGACAUAAACAAGCACUGGCUUAUGGAACUUCUGCAUAUGUGACACAAGAUGAUACUCUAAUCACAACAUUAACAGUCGAAGAAGCCGUAUACUACUCAGCUCAGCUGCAAUUACCAGACUCCAUGUCCAAGUCGGAAAAGAAAGAGAGAGCACAGGUAACGAUAAGAGAGAUGGGUUUGCAAGAUUCCAUGAACACGAGGAUCGGAGGUUGGGGAGCCAAAGGCCUCAGUGGCGGCCAAAAGAGAAGAGUCAGCAUUUGCAUUGAGCUUCUUACGCGACCAAAGCUUCUCUUCUUGGACGAGCCAACAAGUGGGCUUGACAGCGCGGCGUCUUAUUAUGUGAUGAGCCGAAUUGCAAAUCUUGGUUGUCAUAAAUCCUCGCCGAGGACUAUUGUUGCUUCCAUCCAUCAGCCUAGCUCUGAAGUCUUUCAACUCUUUGACAAUCUUUGUCUUCUGUCUUCGGGUAGAACUGUGUAUUUCGGUCCUGCUUCUGCAGCCAAUGAGUUUUUUGCUUCAAGUGGUUUUCCAUGCCCAACUCUUCAAAAUCCAUCAGAUCAUUUCCUCAAGACCAUAAACAAAGAUUUUGAGCAGGACAUUGAGAAAGGCAUAGCUGGAGCCACACCCACAGAGGAAGCCAUUGAUACUCUAAUAAAGUCUUACAAAUCAUCUGAAAAUUAUCACCAACUUCAAAGACAUAUAGCUGAACUACAUAAGAAGGAUUGUGAAGCUUUGGAAAGGAGAAGCCAUGCUGGCUUUCUUACACAAUCUUUCGUGCUUACAAGAAGAUCGUUCGUGAACAUGUAUCGAGAUCGAGGCUACUACUGGUUGCGCCUUGUUAUCUACACCGGCAUAGCUGUAGGCUUAGGCGUUGUCUAUCAUGGUCUUGGACAUACUUAUGGAUCAAUCCAGGCAAGAGGCUCGAUGCUCUCGUUUAUAGCUUCAUUUUUAACUUUCAUGGCCAUUGGUGGGUUUCCUUCCUUUGUGGAAGACAUGAAGGUAUUUGAACGCGAGAGACUAAACGGGCACUAUGGUGUUAGUGCAUUUGUUUUCGGCAACACAUUUUCCUCGGUCCCUUUCUUGAUGUUAAUUUCACUGAUUCCUGGAGCAACAGCAUAUUACCUUGCCGGACUUCACAGUGGAUUCGAACACUUCUUCUACUUUGCUUCUGCACUAUUUGCUUGCAUAAUGCUGGUUGAGAGCCUAAUGAUGAUAAUUGCGAGCAUCGUGCCAAACUACCUGAUGGGCAUAAUAGCUGGUGCUGGAAUCCAAGGUGUAAUGAUUUUAUGCGGUGGAUUCUUCCAGCUGCCAAAUGAUCUCCCGGAUGUUUUGUUCAAGUACCCAUUAUAUCACAUUGCUUUCCACAAGUAUGCAUUCCAGGGAAUGUUUAAGAAUGAAUUUUCAAGAACAAGAUUUCCAAACGACAAUCGUCUCGGAAUGAGUUCCUCUAAAUGGCUCAGUGGUGAAAGCAUUUUGAAAGAUAAAUGGCAGGUGGAAAUGGGUUACUCCAAAUGGGUUGAUCUUGCUAUCUUGUUAGGAAUGGUAGUUCUGUAUCGAAUUUUGUUCUUCGUUAUCAUCAAGACCACUGAGAAAGUAAAGACUAUUACCUCAGCUCUUCUGUCCGUGGCUCCCAAUCGAAGCAUGCAAGUACUGGUGAAUCCCUCCUCUACUCCACUGCAUGGAGAGUGUUCGAAGUAAUGCUCAUUGGAGUGUUCUAAAUGAUCUCAAAUUAACUAGAUUAGUCUAGAAUUAUCUUGUAAUUGAGAAGUCGUAGAAAAGUCUAGAAGUGGUUUGACCACAAAUGAAGGUCGGUGAUAUAUACUGGUAAGUUAAGUUGGUGGAGUUGUAGAUAAUUAUAUGUUAGGUCGGUGAACAAGUUGUUUAAAUAUGUAACCAGCCUUGUACAAUUAAGUAUCAAAAGCUCCUCUCUGUUUUUCCUUUCAUACAACCUGCCUCCUCUAUUUUAAACUCUAACCAUCUCCUCUGUUUUUAACUUCCAAGCUCUUACUCAAACACUCUGUCCUAACAAUCUUACACACAUUGUCCUAAGAACUAAUCUUCUUUACCUUCUAAAAAACCAUCAGUAGUAUUAGAGCUUGCUGCGAUCAAAUUUAGGGUGUUGAUUUGUGUCUUCCAUCAUGUCUACCUCCACGUCCAACCAAACAUCCAUUCCUCUUUCCAUUUUAAGGGAGAAAACUAUGAUUUUUGGAGUAUCAAGAUGAGAACCUUCUUCAUGUCUCAAGAUCUGCGGGACAUAGUAGAGAAAAGAUUCUCAACUCCAGAAAAUCUGAUGGUGGAGCAGUUGAGGCAAGAAAAGAAAGAAAAACUAAGAGAUUUUUAAUUUGCCAUUGCAUGGCUUCCCACCGAGAGGAGAAAAAAGCCCUUGGUUUCGAAGGCAAUGACUAAAAUCCAGUCACCCAAGAAAUGGGGCUAAGGUCCAUUGAUGAAUUAAAUAAAAUCGACUGAAUUGUUUUCUCCACGGAUCUUUCCUUCGGUUCUAUGGGCCGAUGCCUGCUGCUUCAUCUGUACGGAGUAUGGACCGAGGAUAAAGGAGGCUGUAUUUCAUAUGCCAUAUUUUAAAACAAACAAAAAAUAAUAUAUAUAUAUAUAUAUAUAAGUACGACAUUAGAGAAUUAUAAAGAUUAGUAAUGAAAAGAUAAUAAAAAUAAUAAAGCACACAAAAGGAAUUAAACUGAAUAAAAUAGGAAUAAAGAGAAGAAAUAGGACUCGAGCUCGUCCGGCGGCAUUCCAAUCGAUGCUGGCCUCCAGCCUCGCAGGCUCUUGAGAUCUGCUGCCGGACUGGUAGUCAAUCUGAUUUGUUUCAAGGUUGCUCCAUGGAUUGUUGCGCUCGAGGUAGGUCCAGACAGCUUCUGCCUGGUCUUCUGGCAAUAUCCCCGUGGUUGUGCUAACCAAAAUCGGCGACAUGGUUCUGAAUCGACGGUGGGGUGUUGGACCAGUGAGAUUAGAGAUUGGGUCUUCACUGCGUGCGCUGUGACGGCAUGGAGCGCGACGGUUUGGGUCUAAGUGGAGGGUGGUCACGGCGGCGUAGAUCGGGGCAGUAAGGGUCGUGACAAAGGGCGGAGGCGCUGGGCUUGUGACAAACGACAUGUCGUCAGGGGUGAUGGGCUAGGACCCGGCCUGCUUGAUGGGCUCUGGAGCUGGACUAUUCCAUUUGGAUGCUCUUGGGCUGACUAUUUUGGGCUGGGGUGUUUUGGCCUAGGCCUAUUCUAUGUUUUGUGUUUUGCCUAAUUACAAUAAAUUCUUUGUAUUAGGAAGUUAAGCACCGAUGUUUACUCUAAGUAUCUCUAGCGUCUCUGAAUUAGUACCAAAUGAGGGUCUCCGCUACCUCUACGUAUUUGAAUAUAUAAUGAGUAGGACUAUUUCUACGUGCCACUUUUGAGUAUUUCCACUAUCAUCUUGUCUGUUUAUGAGUUUAAAUGACAGUGAAAUGGUAUGUAA